CAAAUUCAUAAAAGAGCAAUCAAUAAUGUUUUUUCGCUCUGUCAUAUCAACGAUCUUAGACCCCCGUCAACCGGUGCUCAUUUCUAUCUCAACAGGGUGUGCCGCCAUCCCCGCGCGUCCAACCGCUGCCGUACUUAUGCAGCACGGCGACUUUAUUUGAAAAUUACACAGCGAUGCCUGGCUGACCUCUUCAGUCCCACCUACCUAGGUACCUAUAUAUUUAUGCUCCUAGGCCGGUAAUUUUGGUUUCCUCGAACAUACCUACUACUUCGUCAGAUUAAAUACGAAAUGGAUCCCAACGUGACCCUGCCUAACAGUCGAUUUGGACCUCGGCUAUGUGAAUAUUGCAUUGGCUUCUUUUCCUGGUUGGAACGUCGAGGCUCUCGUCUAGAUUCUUUUCGCUACGAACAUCACCCCAGCACAGAUAGUCUAAAAAGCGCUUCGCAAUCUGGGUGCUAUUUGUGCGCCAUUCUGGAAUACGUACUUCGAGACCGGCAAAAUAUGAAGGGGACCUAUAAUGGAAUGAUACUGCGUUUAUUGGACUUUGGAAUUAGUAUAAUGUUAUGUUUGGGCUUUAAAAACUCUGAGAAGGUUUUCACGAUCGGGUUCAUCGUGAAAGCCCCCGCAAUCGACUCUAACCCCCCGAAUACACCACUGAACCGUGACACGCAUUAUGCGCCCCCUAUCUCGACGGGAUGCUCGCAAGCCUGGGAAUUGUGCCGCUCAUGGCUGGAUAAUUGUAUACGAACUCACGAGAAGUGCAAAGCUAGUCAACGCGCCGCCUGGUAUCCGAAGAGACUUCUUUGCAUUGGUGGCAUUAACAAUGGGGAUUUCAAUAACGAUCCCCGCCGCGUAAAUAUUCAACUUCACGAAACACAGGAAAAAACCCCUACAGGGCCCUAUAUGACACUCAGCCACUGCUGGGGAGACAAUAUCAAUGAUAUGUUAAGACUGGGAGAAGAUUCCUAUAAGAAGCGACUUAGCGAUGGUUUUACGUAUGAGGAGCUUCCUCAGACUUUCAAGGACGCCGUUCGUCUAUGUCGAUUUCUAGACUGCGAAUACAUCUGGAUUGAUUCGCUAUGCAUUAUUCAAAACUCGCCCAACGACUGGACACAUGAGAGCAGGACCAUGGCGGACGUAUAUCAACAUUCGAUAUGUAAUAUAGCUGCUACCGCAUCGACGGGACCAACUAAGGGCUGCUUCUACCCCCGCAAUCCCAUAAUAGUUGCUCCUAUGGAAAUUACACUACGUAUGAGAAUUGAGGGGAGACGCCCAUCUCCGAAAAAAUAUACUUUCUUCAUUGGCAGCAAAUGGAAUACGAAUGUUGAAGAGGCACCGCUAAACACACGAGCUUGGGUACUGCAGGAACGUAUAUUAGCGCCACGACAAAUACAUUGUGGGAGAGAGCAGCUUUUAUGGGAAUGCCCCCAGCUUACAGCCUGUGAAGCUUUUCCUUUUGCAAUGGAAACUCAAGAGUUGCCCCAUUUCGAAGAUCCCAAGAUGGAGAGUCCGUUAAAACUAAGUUCUAAGUUGCAGGAACUUGUGUUUGAACUUGAGAAGACACCAUCACACCACAACGGGGCCGCCCUCGAAACCAGAAUUGCAAGAUUGAAAGACGAUCUCCAUCAGACCUGGCCAAGUAUCGUCAAAACUUAUUCAAGUCGCCAUUUGACAAAUAAAUCCGAUAGGUUAGUUGCUCUAUAUGGAGUUGCAUGUCGAAUCCAAAAUGUUCUGAAAGACGAAUACGUCGCGGGCUUGUGGCGGUCGCAGUUACCUUGGCAGCUUCUUUGGCAGGCGAGGGAAAGGGGCGGCUCUACCUUAUACAAUAUCGGCCCCUCGUGGAGUUGGGCUAGCCUGGACGGAAUGAUUUAUUGGAAAGUUCCUGGACUCAAUUGGGGAGUUCAAAGCGACAUCAUGUUAGACAUCCUCGACGUUCAUAACGGGCACACGACCACCGAUACCAGCGGCAGGAAGGAAUCCCGCUUAGCACUGCGAUGUUUCCUUUACAAAUUGCACGGGCCUAAAGGGAAAUACACCCACAUCUCGUUACGAACACAUCAGCUUAGCAAUACCGAACAUAUUGCCCUCGAGUUCCAUUGUACCUGGGACCUACGCUUUGACGUGACGGAUGACGUCCUAGAUAGCCUCAUUCUCCCAGACCAGGUGUAUGCAGUGCCUGUUCUUUCAGGGAGCCAUGGUUGCGUAGAUGGAUUAUUUGUGGGCCCCUGCCGAGAGAAAGAAAAAGUAGGGUUUUAUAGGCGUGUUGGUACGUGGUGGUGCAUCGAGGAGAGGACGGUCCAACAUAUGCGCUCCGCUGCGGAUAAGGAUAAAGAGGCAAUAACCCUCAUUUGACUUUGGGGCUACUAUUUCUUCGUUGGAGUUUCGGCGGUACAAGACCAUAGGUAGUGGUAGCAUUGAUUCAAUGCCUCGGAUGGCUU